UCCGCGAUCCGCCCCUCCGCAGGGGCUCCCCAGCACUGUUAGGUGGCAACGUCUUUCUUUUACGGUCUGUCUAGGGUCUGUCCUCUGAGUCUCUGUGCUGCUUGUCAGAUGAAAAAGAUAUUAUGGAAGAAGGAAGCAGUGUUGCAGUAUUGAUGCCAAAUAUUGGAGAACAGGAAGCUGUACUGAUUUCUGAAACCGUCAUUGGUCCAACACUGCAAAACAGUGAAGAUGACAGAAAAUGUAAAACCGAUCCACUAAUCCACGUUAUUCAGAAGCUAAGCAAAAUAGUUGAAAGUGAGAAGUCGCAAAGAUGCCUUUUAAUAGGGAAAAAGCGUUCUCAUCCUAAUGCUUCUGUGCAGUCCUUUGACACAGAAGAUCUUUGUGAAAUCCCAGCUAAAACAAUUGAGCUGUCUGUUAUUGGUACUAAAAAGACUGAGGAGUUACAAGCAGAUUAUUAUGUGACUGAUUGUCUUCCACAAAGCAAAAAAAAGGUGACAUGCUACCAGUGUAGUCUAUGUAAGUUUCUGUCACCAUCUCUCUUAACACUACAAGAACAUAUAAAACAACAUGGGCAGAAAAAUGAAGUGAUAUUAAUGUGCUCAGAAUGUCAUUUUGCUUCUAGAAAUCAAGAAGAGCUUGAAUCUCACUUCCAAAAUUAUCAUGAGAGUGACAGUAAAAAUAGCAUCCACACAAAAGCGCAGCAAUGUGUAAAUGUCUCAAGUUCAUUUUUGCAAGGGCCAGUGGAAGGAAGUGUCAAAUCAGGGACUGAUCAGACAGGAAAUCUGGAAUGCAAAGAUAUAACUCAGUCUACUCAUGUGGCUGAAAUGGGUAGGAGAAAAUGGUAUACUUACGAGCAGUAUGGCAUGUACCGGUGUUUAAUUUGUCGAUACACCUGUGGUCAGCAAAGAAUGUUGAAAACACAUGCUUGGAAACAUGCAGGUGAAGUUGAUUGUUCCUAUCCUAUUUUUGAAGAAGAAAAUGAAACUACGAAUUUGUCAGAGACGGUUGUAACACAUACACCUCACAGUGUGGAUGCAGUUGUUCUUUCUUUGGAAAACAAUGAGCUAGAUAUCCAUAGUGAACAUUCUCUUCAACUUCAGAUUUGCAAUUCUGAGCAAAUGUCAUGUAAAUCGCCAGUAGGAGCAAAUGUAAAAGAGGAAGAAGUGUUAAAUCAGUCAAUAGCACACUCUCCUACUACAGAAGUUUUAGAGGAGACUGUAUCAGAUACAGAACAGGAUAAUUUGAUAACUGAUAGCCUACUGUCAUCAGCACAGAAAAUCAUUAAUUGUAGUCCAAAUAAAAAGGGUCACGUUAAUGUAAUAGUGGAGCGUUUGCCAAGUGCUGAAGAAAGUGUCUUACAAAAGCCUUUCUUGAUGAACCCUGACAUUGAAACAGAAAAAAAACUAAUCUCAGAGGAGUCCCAUGUUAUCUGUGAAGGACCUGAAGUUUAUCGUUCAGAUGAAAUUCAAGAGGUGAUAAUAGGAUGGAGUAAUACUGAGAAGAAAGAUAAUGAAUUAAGCUCUAAUAAAAACAUAGCUACUGAUGAAAAUGCUCCUCCUGUACGGAGAAGAACAAAUUCAGAGUCUUUACGGCUGCACUCGUUAGCUGCAGAAGCUCUCGUUACAAUGCCUAUCAGAGCUGCAGAACUAACAAGGUCUAGCUUUAGAGCCUUCCCUGGGGAAGGCUCUGUGGAAGCAGAGACAGGAGAGAGAGAUGCUGAUGGCUCAUAUCCAGUUCAUUCUAAAGUGGUAUCCUCACUUAAGAAUCCUUCAGAGGAGUUUAGUAGCUUAAACCAAAGUGACUGUGCAUUAGUGGAGAUAGAGAAAGAAAGGCCGGAGUUAUCAGAAGCACCAAUUAAAAUGGGCAUUAGUAUGUCGCUACUCACUGUCAUUGAAAAAUUGAAGGAGAGGACAGAUCAGAAUGCUUCUGAUGAUGACAUUUUGAAAGAAUUACAAGACAACGCACAAUGCCAAAAUGCAAAUGAUGCAAGUAUUUCUGGAAGUAACCUAGUAGAAUAUAUACCUAAUGUAGAUCGACCCUACCGCUGUCGCCUCUGCCAUUAUAGCAGCGGUAAUAAGGGCUACAUAAAACAACACUUGAGAGUCCAUCGUCAGAGGCAACCGUAUCAGUGUCCUAUCUGUGAACACAUUGCUGACAAUAGUAAGGAUCUAGAGAGCCACAUGAUCAACCACUGCAAAACAAGAAUGUAUCAGUGCAAGCAAUGUGAAGAAUCCUUUCAUUAUAAGAGCCAACUGCGAAAUCAUGAGAGAGAGCAACACAGUCUUCCAGAUAUCUUUUCAACAGCUACACCUAACAAACUAAUAGUUUCCAAUGAAGUAGAUGAAAGAGAAGGAAACAAGGCUUCUGUUCAAAAACUGUAUAGAUGUGAUGUAUGUGACUACACAAGCACAACUUAUGUUGGUGUGCGAAAUCACAGACGAAUUCAUAACUCUGAUAAGCCAUAUAGAUGUCGAGUAUGCGACUUUGCCACCACAAAUAUGAAUAGCUUGAAAUGCCAUAUGAGGCGCCACCCCCAGGAGCAUCAGGCAGUGCAGCUAAUGGAGCAGUACAAAUGUUCUCUUUGUGGAUAUGUGUGUAGUCAUCCUCCCUCCCUAAAGUCCCACAUGUGGAAACAUGCAAGUGACCAAAAUUAUAAUUAUGAACAAGUGAACAAGGCUAUUAAUGAUGCAAUUUCACAAAGCAGCAGGUUUCAAGGACAGCUUCCUGAAAAAAACUUAUUAGAAGGCACUGAUGAAAGUACAGUACCUAUACUAGGAAGUUCAGACAACUUGGUGUCUUUUACAGAGUCUAUUAACCAAACAACUAAUGAAAUUUCGGGUUCUGAUGAAAAUGAAAAACCUAACUUGAUGAAUACCUCAUGCAGCUUAGAAAAGAACUCCACUCUGCCCCAUGUUGGCACAGAAUACUGCGUUCUUCUCUUCUGCUGCUGCAUUUGUGGGUUUGAGUCCACCAACAAAGAAAAUCUGUUGGAUCAUAUGAAAGAACAUGAGGGUGAAAUCAUAAACAUCAUUCUAAAUAAGGACCACAGCACAACUCAGAGCACAAACUAGAUGAAGGAGAAAGUUAAAAACAGGAUUUUCUAGAGUGGAUAUUUUCUAUCUUUGCUAAUUUUGCCUGAGAAACUUGCUAAAGAGAAGAAAAUGCAAGCAAAAGUUGCUGAUUUCUGAGCCCAAUUCCUUGUUUCAUUAAGAGAACAGUAGCUUAGCCAGGGACAGAUGAAUCAUUAAAGAGAUUAAUUUCAGGGGUGGGUAGUAGAAUGAUCCAUUUAAACCUGUUAUUUCUCUGUAUGUUGCCAAGAGCGUGGGGGUUUUUUUUGUUGUUGUUGUUUUUUUUAAUUGUCAGGUUUAAUUGACAGGUCCAUAAUAAUGCAUUAGUACCGAAGUCAAAAUCUAAAGGUAAAAAAGCUUUGUAUCAAUUGAGAAGCUUUUUCUCUUCCUUUCUUUUUUGUUGUUAUGCAAGUAUUCAGGCAAAGCAUUUUUUUUGCCCUGUUUUAAUUGGCAAAAGACAGAUAGACAUUUUACAGUAUGAUCUCAUAAAACAUAUUGCCUAGAUUUUGGAAGGGAGAGAGAGAGGAGGUGGGUUAGGGCACAUGUGUGUGCUUGCAUGUGUACAUAGGUGUUUCAUUCUCCCCAUGUAUUUUGAAGGCCUUACAAUCUCCAAAUCUUCUUCCUAAAAAAGACUGGUAUCUUCUAACUUGAUUCAGAGCAGCAGGAGCUGAGUAGCCUAGAAGCUUUUUGGCUGUUUUUCUGAUUAGGUCCUCACUAAGUAUCUGAUACAUUUUGAUAGGUACAGUCUAAGUAAAAGUAUGUAAAAGUAUGUAAAGGAUGCUUUAUAAUAAUGUCCUGCUGUUUAUUAAUGGCUUUCUUUACACACUUAGUGAAACCUAUUUCAAAAAAAAGCAAACAAAACUAAGCAGAUUAUAUGUCAUUUUAACUUGUGGUGAUUACUUUGCAGUACACAUGAGCACCAUUUUUUUAAUGAGAAUAAGGUAUUAACAGGUAUGUAAUAGCCAAGAUACAAGAAGAGAUUUUUAAAGCUACAUAGAUUCCUAAAGAUGUGGAUUAGCACAAAGUGGGAUUUUGAGAAUUGCCUACAUGCUUUGGAGUUCUUUGAAAAUCCCACUGUCUAAAAUUCCUACUUGUCCAGCUGCGCUGUAUCUAUAGAAAUCAUUCACUGAAAGCUAUGGUAAUCUUUCUGUAGAAUGUUCUAUUUCAAAAUAUGAAAUAUGGCAAACAAUAUUUUAAGUAAAAACUGGAUCCAGUCAGUUGUAGAAUAAAUUUUACUAGUGCAUACAGUAUGGAUUCAUAAAGGGAAUUAGGGAUUACUUUGUUUUCUGAGAAACACAUAGAAAUCUCUCCCUUCUAAAGCUUUUAGCUUCAAAGAUUACAAUGCUGAUCUUUCUUAUAGAUUCAGCAAUUUGCAGUAGAAGACAUCUGUCUAUGUAUCAAUUGGGAAUAGUAUCAUACAGGCUAAUUACCUGGCAACUUUGUUGAGAUUAUUUAUAAAGUUGGCUACUUAAAUUGUUUGAAAUACAUGCUUCCUACUGAGUGAAGUAGUAGCACUUCCGAAGAAGCCCUUUAGCAGCCUGAUUAAAACUUUCUAGUUUGGGCAUUUCAUUCUGCUUUUAAAGAGACGCAGUUGCACAGAAGAACGCCUCGCUCACAGCAUGGUAAUGCAGUUACCUGCGUUUUAGUUGCUCAUUGCUUAAAAAUGUCUUACUCUUAGAAAAAAAAAUAGUAUUAUGUUUAUUUCCUGUUUAUGCAUUUCUGCUAGCAGCAAUAAGCUACAGCUGUAAAUCUAAGAAGGUGGCAGAUGCAGUGUACAGUCCAUUGUGGUACUGCUGACUAAAAGUGGCAAACAAGAAAUCAACAAAAAGUCUUGUUACAACUUUAUGAAGCAGCACAAAAUCUAAAGGCCAGUGUAAAAGGCAGUAAGAUUCCAAAUACGUUUGGUGAUUAUUUUAAGUGAUUUCCUUAAGCAUCUUCAACUUGUUCUUUUCAGUUAAGUAUCUGUCAUUUUGUUUAUAAAUUAGAUUGCAGAAAGUACCUAUUUAAAAAUUGGCCUGGAUCUAAUGUCAAAGCAUUUUUGUGUCUGAGAUAUUUGAGAUACUUCACAUCUCUUUGUAAAAGUAAGUAUACAUAAUUUUCAGUCAAAAGCUGAUUUUUUUUAUAGUCUUACAGAGAUGGAUUUUACAUUUUAAAAAUAAUACAUCAUUUUCAUUUGCUAUCUCUAACUGAAAUUAAGAUAACUUUUAAUGGAGUAUUGUUAUUGUCCUAUUGAAAAAAAUGUUUUCAACAGAGAAUUCGUGUGAAAGCAGUAAAUUAUUUGGAAUUUGUCUGAUCUUUGUCAUUCAGAGAUCCCAUUUAUUGAAAAAUUGAAAGGUACAAAGAGAUUCAUAGUAAUGUUAAACUACAAAUCUGCGAUCAUAGAAACAGUAUUUUGCCACAUUCUUAUUUUUCAGUAAAAGGAUAAUGUAUUUUAAAGUUGCUAUGCUAGUGGAAAAAAAAGGUGAAAAAGUUGCAUUCAUAAGCUGGCAGGGAGCCAAGACUCACAAAGCAAGUAACUUUGAAUCAAAAUUAACAGUUUUGGUGCCUGGGUGGGCCCCACCUGCAGUGUUAAUGCACCAAGACGCAUUGUAAUAGGAUUACUGAGCAGAAUGCUACUAUUUAGUUUUUCUUUGCCAUCUUACUGCUUUUUUCAGUUUGAGCAUGUGUUACUGUAAAAUAGUAGAAAGUUGGUUGCCUCCGAAAACUCUUACGAGCCCUAACAAAUGCCACCAAAUAAUUCUUCCCCAUCUGCACAGAGAUAAAAAUUGUAACUUUCUAUCUCCGUGUUGCUUGCCAUUAGUUAUCCAUUCAAAAAUCCCAUGGACUUUAUCAGAAGUUCUGCAUGUGAAGUAAUUAUAGGCUCAGUUUUUGAAAGCAAAUUAUUCCUCAGGAUAUCUGCUUUAGAAAGUGUGCGGUUCACUUGGUUGCAUGUUAUGUAAGGGUUUCUCAAGCACAUUUCCAGGUUACCAACGCUGCAGUCUUCCCCUUUCUUUAAGAUUUUAAAAUAUUUUAGGAUCUUCUGUCACAAAACUAUCAGUUGAUCAGGAAUUCACUUGCUGUUUGCUUUACAUAAUUUUUUUGGCAUGUGAACCUUAACUUGCAGCUUUGAUUUUAAAUGCCUAUACUUCUACUAAAGAGAAGGCUUCAUUCAUACUAGACCAUACUGAUAAAUAGGUGGUAUUUCAUCUUUCUGACUUAUACUUGGCCUGGAAAAAUAAAGUGGUUUUCAGUCAGAGUUACUAUAUUUUCCUCUUUCAAAAGCACUUAUUUAAUCAUUUAAAAAUGUACAGUUGGUGCUGAAAGUAACAUUUGUUAAGAUAUAUUUAAUAGAAAUUUACAUUUGCAUUUGAUAUUCAUGGACAUGGGUACAUGUAUUUUUUUAAGAAAACGUAACACUAUGGCACUGCUUUUAUAGCCAAAGUAUAAACAAAUUAGAAAACUGACAUGUAAAGACUGCAGUUAAUUCUGAUACUGUAUCUUAUUAAAUAGGAUGACUUUCAUUUUAUAAAAUUAUCCAGCACAUUAAGCUGCAUGCCUUAAGCUCUCUCUAGGAUUGUGUUCCUGAUAGAAGACUGUCUGUUUGGAACUAUGAAGCAAAGUCUGUAGUACUACUUUAACUACCUUCUGAAAUACUGUACAAUGUUAGAAUAAUUUAUUUUGCUUUACAGGAGUUUGUCACGUAUUGACUUUAAUAUUGUAUUUUGGUAAUAAACCUUUUUUGUUAAAUGCUGCAGUCACUUUUUUUGUGAGAGAUGGGAAUCUGUUUGGAUCAAAAAGUAUUUGGAAUACUUUACUGCCAUUUCUCACUCUUGUGUCAAGAUAACAGGGUGCUAAUACUGUUAAUCUAAGUUUUGUAAAAGUAACUGUAGUGAUGAAAUACAAGACCAUUAAAACAAAACCAAAUACACUAGUAUUGGUGUAGCUUGGAUGCAGUUAUGAUGGAAUGAUGCUGAAAGACAGAAUUGUGCCUUCAAAAUUCAUAGUGAAGCUAGUGGGAAUUUUGUCCCUAAUAUAAAUGGAGUGAAAACCUUACACAGCUUUUUUCACGCAAGCAGUUGACACUUGCUCGUCCAUCAUAUAAGGUAAUGCAUAUAGUCUUGCAACCUAAUUUUUAACGUAUAGCAUAUUUCUUGGUCUUGCUGGAACUUCUUUCCGCCAUCUCUUUCAGGGAAAAGGUAUAACUCAGUUGCUGGCCAAGUAAAGAAAGAGCGAAUGAUCAGAGUACCCGUUGCUGGGAUUAUCUUGGUUUACAUAAACACGGUAUCUUAUUUCCUUUUGUUUGUUACAAUUACAGCCUUGUGUCAAAUACCUUAAUGUUAAAAAAAAAAAAAACAAAAUUGAACUGCCUGCAAAAAGGGUUUAGGUGCUAUGCUACAGAAUGCUACACUGUGUAGUUUUUUUUCACUUUUUCUCUAAUGUAAAACCUGCAGAAAAGCCUCUGGAGUAGGAUCUGGCAUCCAGGUACUGUCCUAUUUACAGGGCUAAAUAAAAUACCACGUUCGCUUUGGCUUAAUAAACAGAAGAGCCUCAGAAGAAGUUAUUUCCACCCAUAAAUAACCUAGUCAGGUCAGACAACUGGUGUCCCAAAACACCACAUCUGAUGUGAAGCACAUUUCCUUCCUGAAACAGCGUCCUACAGCCAACUUCUCUCUUCGCUAGCCGUGGCCAGCCCAGAGCUGCUGGUUGCUGCCCAUAGAGAGGGAACCAUGCCUGCUCCUGGAAGCUGCAGCUCUUGCACAAGAGGGACUGGACACACAGCUGUUGGGAUAGAGCUACACUGACCUGCGUGAUCAUUGCAACAUGCUUCUGGGGAGUUAGGAGGGAGUUGAUUCAAAUCCUGCCACACACAGGUGGGAUUUGAAUCAGUAUGUCUUACAUGUUUGGCAAGUAUUUAUAGACAGAAUUAUUGCGUACACAUCAACGCAACACACCACUGUUCUUCACAGCCCCAUAUAGGCACGUUUGGAAAACAGCAGUCAGACUGAGCUCUUCAGAAAGAAACACUAAUCCUGACUUUAUUUAAUAAAUAGUGGCUAGAAAUAAACUAAGAUGGUUCUGCCCAAAGCAAAAAUUCAGGCACCUGAACGCCUGAAUGUUGAAAACAGACACCUACAAAUCUGACACGCUUGCAGCGCCUCUCACGUGGCAGUUGAACAGAAGCUGAAAAGAUAGUUUUAGACUCAGAAUUUACUCAGGCAGAACUUGAGUCCUUUUGUGUUUCUAGUUCGAAAUAACUUUUCUACGGUGUUCAAUCUGACAAUCUAAGAGAAAACAAAAACACAUGCCCACUAUAAAGAAGCUGAAUAUAAAGUUUGACAACCAUUUUCUGUACACAUUGUGUAGAUGGUUGACUAAUUUUGUUACCUUUCAAGGCAACUCCAAUCAAGAUGUUACUAACAUUAAGACUUUGCUAUCUUACGAUCUAAUUGGAACACAAUGAGCAACAAGAAUAGUGAUAAAUAAUAUUCUUUUGUUCCUUUUGCAACUGUAAAGCCAUCUUUACGGUAUGCAUGCAGUAGAGUGUUGGCCUGCAGGUAAUUCUAGUUUAAAUAGGCUUUGUGUGGAUCUGCUGAUUAACCUAGUAGAUCUAAAAGAUGAGAGUUGUUUACAUAUUUUCUUUUAUGCAAUAUACAGAUGAAUAAAUAAACCAAGAAAAUAAUUUAUCCUUUCUUCAGCUGUUUCCUUAGGAGCGUGCUAGUUUGAUAUGUUUUAGUUAACAUUUAUAAUACAGUUUUCAGAGAUGAGUAUCAAUCAAGACAUUCUAUGCUAUUGCUGUAAACUGACAACUUAAAAUAUUAAAUCCGUUUACCAGUAGAAGGGUUGCCUAACUGAUACAUUAUUUCAGCAAGAGUACGUUGAAUAUUAACUCUCAGGCGCAACUCCCU